GCUAUAAAAGGGCCCGGCGCGCCGGCGCUGCCGCAGUGCCGCCCGCUCCGUCCCAGCCGCGCACCUGCUCCACCACGAUGAUGAGUUUCGGCGGCGCCGACGCGCUCCUGGGCGCCCCGUUCGGGCCGCUGCUGGGCGGCGGCAGCCUGCACUACGCGCUGGGCCGCAAGGGCGCGGCGCGCUCGGCCGCCGGCUCGUCCAGCGGCUUCCACUCGUGGGCGCGGACCUCCGCGAGCUCCGUGUCGGCCUCUCCCAGCCGCUUCCGCGCCGCGGCCGCCGCCUCCAGCACCGACUCGCUGGACACGCUGAGCAACGGGCCCGAGGGCUGCGUGGUGGCGGCGGCGGCGGCGCGCAGCGAGAAGGAGCAACUGCAGGCGCUGAACGACCGCUUCGCCGGCUACAUCGACAAGGUGCGGCAGCUCGAGGCGCACAACCGCAGCCUGGAGGGCGAGGCGGCGGCGCUGCGGCAGCAGCAGGCGGGCCGCGCGGCCAUGGGCGAGCUGUACGAGCGCGAGGUGCGCGAGAUGCGCGGCGCCGUGCUGCGCCUGGGCGCGGCGCGCGGCCAGCUGCGCCUGGAGCAGGAGCACCUGCUGGAGGACAUCGCGCACGUGCGCCAGCGCCUGGACGACGAGGCCCGGCAGCGCGAGGAGGCCGAGGCGGCGGCGCGCGCGCUCGCCCGCUUCGCGCAGGAGGCCGAGGCGGCGCGCGCCGAGCUGCAGAAGAAGGCGCAGGCGCUGCAGGAGGAGUGCGGCUACCUGCGGCGCCACCACCAGGAGGAGGUGGGCGAGCUGCUCGGCCAGAUCCAGGGCUGCGGCGCGGCGCAGGCGCAGGCCCAGGCCGAGGCGCGCGACGCCCUCAAGUGCGACGUGACGUCGGCGCUGCGCGAGAUCCGCGCGCAGCUCGAGGGCCACGCGGUGCAGAGCACGCUGCAGUCGGAGGAGUGGUUCCGAGUGCGGCUGGACCGCCUGUCAGAGGCAGCCAAGGUGAACACAGAUGCCAUGCGCUCUGCGCAGGAGGAGAUCACGGAGUAUCGGCGCCAGCUGCAGGCUCGGACCACAGAGCUGGAGGCGCUCAAAGGCACCAAGGACUCGCUGGAAAGGCAGCGCUCGGACCUGGAGGACAGGCACCAAGCGGACAUCGCCUCAUACCAGGAUGCCAUCCAGCAGCUGGACAGCGAGCUAAGGAGCACCAAGUGGGAGAUGGCAGCCCAGCUCCGAGAGUACCAAGAUCUGCUCAAUGUCAAGAUGGCUCUGGACAUCGAGAUUGCUGCUUACAGGAAACUCUUGGAGGGUGAAGAGUGCCGGAUAGGCUUUGGUCCAAGUCCUUUCUCCCUUCCAGAAGGACUCCCCAAAAUCCCCUCCGCAACUACGCACAUAAAGGUCAAAAGUGAAGAGAUGAUCAAAGUGGUAGAAAAGUCAGAGAAGGAAACUGUGAUUGUGGAGGAACAGACAGAGGAGAUCCAGGUAACUGAAGAAGUGACUGAAGAAGAGGAGAAAGAGGCCAAUGAGGAAGAGGGGGAAGAGGAAGAAGGGGAAGAGGAGGAGGAAGCAGAAGAAGCCGAAAAGUCUCCUCCAGCGGAAGAGACCGCAUCCCCUGAGAAGGAGGCCAAGUCCCCAGUAAAAGAAGACAAGUCCCCUGCUGAGGUACAGUCCCCAGAGAAGGCCAAGUCACCAGAGAAAGAGGAAGCAAAGUUGCCUCCUGAGGUGAAGACACCAGUGAAGGCUAAGUCCCCCAUGAAAGAAGAGGCAAAAUCGCCAGCUGCUAUCAAGUCCCCUGAGAAGGUCCCAGAGAAAGAAGAGGCCAAGUCCCCCGAGAAGGCCAAGUCCCCUGUGGAAGCCAAGGCCCCAGAGAAAGAAGAGGCCAAGUCCCCACUGGAAGUCAAGUCUCCUGAGAAGGCCAAGUCCCCCAUGGAGGUCAAGUCCCCAGUGAAGGCCAAGACCCCAGAGAAAGAAGAGGCCAAGUCCCCUGAGAAGACAAAGUCCCCUGUGGAGGCCAAGUCCCCUGAGAAGGCCAAGUCCCCUGUGGAGGUAAAGUCCCCUGAGAAGGCCAAAUCCCCUGUGGAGGCCAAGUCCCCUGAUAAGGCCAAGACCCCAGAGAAAGAAGAGGCCAAGUCCCCUGAGAAGGCCAAAUCCCCUGUGGAGGCCAAGUCCCCUGAGAAGGCCAAGACCCCAGAGAAAGAAGAGGCCAAGUCCCCUGAGAAGGCCAAAUCCCCUGUGGAGGCCAAGUCCCCUGAGAAGGCCAAGACCCCAGAGAAAGAAGAGGCCAAGUCCCCUGAGAAGGCCAAAUCCCCUGUGGAGGCCAAGUCCCCUGAGAAGGCCAAGACCCCAGAGAAAGAAGAGGCCAAGUCCCCUGAGAAGGCCAAAUCCCCUGUGGAGGUCAAGUCCCCUGAGAAAGCUAAGUCCCCUGUGGAGGUCAAGUCCCCUGAGAAAGCUAAGUCCCCUGUGGAGGUCAAGUCCCCUGAGAAAGCCAAGUCCCCUGAGAAGGCCAAGACUCCAGAGAAAGAAGAGGCCAAGUCCCCUGAAAAGGCCAAGUCCCCAGAGAAAGAAGAGGCCAAGUCCCCUGAGAAGGCCAAAUCCCCAAUGAAGGAAGAAGCCAAGUCCCCCGUAAAGGCCAAGACUCUUGAUGUGAAGUCCCCAGAAGCUAAGACCAUAGUGAAGGAGGAAGUAAGGUCUCCUGCAGACAUCAAGUCCCCUGAGAAAGCCAAAAGCCCUGUCACAGAGGAAGUGAAAUCCCAAGAGAAGGUUAAAUCUCCGGAGAAGGAGGAGGCCAAGGCACCUGAGAAGGAUGUCCCAAAGAAAGCAGAGGCCAAGUCUCCCGUGAAGGAGGAGGUGAAAGUCAAAGAACCCCCAAAGAAGGAAGAGAAAGCUCCAGCUGCUCCAAAAACUGAGGAGAAGGAUGGUGCAAAAGCUGAGGGGCCCAAGAAGGAGGCUGCCAAGCCAGAGGGAGAGAAGAAGGAACCUGCUGUGGAACAGCCCCAAGAACCCAAGGUGGAAGUCAAGAAGGAGGAGGCUGAAGAGAAGAAAAAGGCAGUGACUCCUGAGAAGGAGGCUCCCGCCAAGGUGAAAGAAGAAGCCACACCCAAGGAGAAGGCUGAGGAGGCCAAGAGGGAAUCAGAAGACACCAAGGCCAAAGAGGCCAGCAAAGCGGCAGAGAAGGAGCCGGAAAAGCCAAAGAGGGAAGAGACACCAGUAACCUCAGGGAAAAAAGAGGCCCAGGAGGAGAAGGCCACCGAGGCCAAGAAGCCUGAGGAGAAACUCAAAACAGAGGCCCAAGGCAAGGAAGAGCCCAGCAAAGGCAAGACGGAAAAGGUCGAGAAAUCCUCCAGCACAGACCAGAGAGACAGCAGGCCUCCAGAGAAGGCCCCGGAAGACAAGGCCACGAAAGGGGAAAAGUAAGGCCAGGAACAAGGCACAACCAGAACAGCCAAAGACAUUCACGAGGGCCGGGAGCUCAGGGGUUGAUGGAAUGAAUUUUCAUCUUUUUUCUUCCUUGUCUUCAAGUCAGGACAGAGUCUGCUUGGCUGAUGGGGCCCUCGCUCACCAAACAGGAAUUUCUAUUUAGCAAUAUGUUAGCAAGAGAGGACACUCUCCCCUCCACCCCACCCUCCUACCCUCAGACCCCAAACUCGCCCCUGGCCGAUGGACAAACAUGAUAGCUUAUGUAGCUGAAUGUGCUGUAUAUUGAAUGGCCCACGAAAACACUUGACUUCCACAGCUGGCCCCUCCCUUUCCAAAUAAGUGCAUUUAUUUCCUGUGUGUGCAACUGACAGGUGACCGCAAUCAUGAAUGAGCAGUUAGAAACACAUUAUGCUUGAGAUGUCUUAACCUAUUCCCAAAUGCCUUCUCUUUUCCAAAGGAGCGAUCGGAGCCUUGCCCAGAGCUCUCUGUCCUGGUAAGAGCCGGAGCGGGCGGGGCCGGGCUCUGGCCACUGAAUCAUGCCAGGGCACACUUUGCCACUGGAGUCCACUUUCAAUUGCUUCUGUGCAAUAAAACCAAGUGCUUAUACGGUGAAGCCACUA